UACCUUACUAGAAAUAUAACUGGUAUUUGGAUUACUCUGGCAGGUUUCAGAGACCCUCUCCCUCCCUCUUCUUCAAGGAAAUUCCAUAACAACCUUCACAGAAAAUGAGAGAAAUUUAUUCGGCAACACUUAUGAUCUCGUCCAUCUUAUUCAUUGUUUUUCUUGUACAAUUGCUUGUAUGCAAGAAGAAGAGCAAGGAAAAGACAACGUACAAAUUGCCACCAGGUAGAAGAGGCUGGCCAUUGAUUGGUGAUAGCUUCAACUGGUUCAAUGCUGUUGCUGGUUCUCAUCCCCCUCAAUUUGUUCACCAACAAGUCAAUAGGUUUGGUAAGAUAUUCUCAUGCAGUUUGUUCGGAAAAUGGGCUGUGGUAUCAGCAGACCCGACCUUUAACCGGUUUAUAAUGCAAAAUGAAGGCAAAUUGUUUCAAUCAAGUUAUCCAAAAUCUUUUAGAGAUUUGGUUGGGAAAAAUGGGGUGAUCACAGUCCACGGAGAGCAACAACGAAAACUUCAUGGAAUUGCAUCUAAUAUGAUGCGUCUAGAGAAGCUCAAGUUCCAUUUCUUGGAUAAUAUUCAAUUGAUUAUGCUUCAAACUUUGAACAAACUUGACAACAACCAAGUCAUUCUUCUCCAAAAUGUUUGCAGAAAGGCGAGUAGUGCUCUAGUAGCUAUUAAUCUGAUGGUGAAUCAACUACUUGGGGCAUCAAGUGAGACAGAAAUUAACGAGAUGGCUCACUUCUUCUCUGACUUUGUCGAUGGUUGUCUAUCUCUUCCCAUAAAUAUUCCUGGUUUUGCCUACCACACUGCCAUGAAGGCAAGGGAGAAAAUUAUAAGAAAGAUAAACAAGACAAUAGAGAAGCACGGGCAAGAAGAGUCAUCAGAAGGUGGUAAUGGGGUGCUUGGAAGGCUAUUAGAGGAAGAAAGUUUGCCUGAUAAUGCAGUAGCAGACUUUAUUAUCAAUCUCCUUUUUGCUGGGAAUGAAACAACAGCUAAAACCAUGCUUUUUGCUGUUUAUUUCCUCACUCGGUGUCCAAAAGCAAUGCAGCAACUACUGGAUGAACAAGAUAGUAUAAGGAGUAAUUCUAGUGGAGACGGAAUGCUAACAUGGCAAGAUUACAAAGCAAUGUCUUUUACUCAGUGUGUUAUUGAUGAAACGCUUCGACUCGGGGGGAUUGCAAUAUGGUUAAUGAGGGAGGCCAAGCAAGAUGUGGUAUACCAAGAUUAUGUAAUUCCGAAAGGGUGCUUUGUGGUUCCAUUUCUUUCAGCGGUUCACUUGGAUGAACAUUUGUACAAGGGAGCUAGCACCUUCAAUCCUUGGAGAUGGAUGGAGCCUGAAAAUCAAGAAAAGAGAAAUUGGAGAAGUAGCCCAUUCUACUGUCCCUUUGGAGGAGGUGCUCGGUUUUGUCCAGGAGCAGAAUUGUCUCGUCUCCAAAUUGCUAUCUUUCUUCACUACUUUGUUACUACAUUUACAUGGACGCAGCUCAAGGAAGACAGGAUGUCCUUCUUUCCAUCAGCUCGCUUGGUUAAUGGUUUCCAAAUUCGUUUGACAAGCCGCCAUCAUCUCGACUCAGAAUCGUUGUAAUAAUUGUUUGGAGUGAAAUUUCAUUUAUUUAUGUAUAAUUUUGUUCAGCAUGAUAUGUAUUUUUCCUAACCUGUAAUUAUUUCUUUUUCUUACAUGUAAGUACCUACCUAUGGUCUCUGACUACUACUAUAUACAAUAUAUCACAGCAUAUCCCCCAUUCUUUCCUCAUCAAA